UAGCAGAAAUAAGAAACAAAUCAUCCAAAUAUGAAUGGCGCGCAUGCGUUCGAACUCUUCACUGUCGGAUGUAUCUGUAAUCCAACAUAUGUAGGCACGAACAACUGUAAUUAUGCGGCUAAUCACCGAUCUCGGCAGCUGCAGCUUGCUGCGCUUCUUCGCCUUUAUGCCAUUCCACCACGCUCGUGGGUAAACAAAAGGCCGAGCGCGUUACCGUAAAUCAAGCAAUCCAAAACUUUAAACGCUGCGCUGUUACACAAACAAAACGGAGCGAAAAAAAUGAAAUAAACAACGACAAGUGGAGAGCUCGAGUGUCGAUGGUGCGUUGGAGCCAGCUCCGGGUCAGCUGUGCGGAUCUCAAUGUAUAAUGUGGUCAGCGGUGUAUGAUUGAAUGCAGUUCGAAAAUUAAAGGUUUUCAAAGCAUAAACUGUGAUAGCUAUAAUUACUUAUGAGUGUCGUCCGUGCAGAGGCUGUGUGGAGCGAAGCGAAUGCCGGAGCGCGUGAGUAAAUGCGAGGAUGGUGUCAGCAGCGAGUCGUCGUCGAUAAGAGACGCUUACAAGUGUGCUGGUGUUGGUGUCAAAGUCGACACAUGCACAAGUCGGAGUUGCGGAUCUUUAUGCGGAGACCUUUUUUAAUUGCGGCUCACUCCCUACGCAGCGGCGGCGACGGAGUACCGACGCAACGCAACGCCGACGUAAGCCAGAAACUUUAUAAAAGUUUGAGCGUAACGCUAGUGCGCAGCAUUUGCACGGAAUAACUCGCGGUACGCGGUACGCGCUCCAAGUCAACGUCAAUGAAGAAAUAAUAAUAAAAAAAGUAAAUAAAAAAGUAAAAAAAUAUAAAAAAAAAUCGUACGUGCGAAAAGAAAAUAAAAGUGUACGGAAUUCAGUGUGUUUGUUGUAAAAAAGCUACAACAAAGAAAUAAAAAAUAAAAAAUUUUGUACGGUUUGCAUUUGGUAGUGAAAGAAGUCGAAAAUAUGCAAUGAAUGUGUCGGAUGUUUGAAGGCCAAAGACAACAACUAAAAAUUUACACAAAAUAUAAUAAUUACAACAACAACAAUAAAAUAAUCACUACAACAACAAUACGCAUACGCCACUUAGUGACAAACAUUUCGACGGCGUUAAUUUGUUGCAAACUAAAUGGUAAUUGUCAUAAUAGCAACAGCAACAGCAACAGCAACAACAACAACCCUAACAACAAUACAACCGACAGCAACUGUCAUAAACGGCUUAACGCAACGCAACCAAAAAAAAAAAAAAACCAUCAGCAAAAUGAUGAGUGAAUAAAUAUUUAUUUAAAUGAGCGCACAAUGAAAUACCAUUUCAGCUGCAUUGCUUAAUCGAUACUCACGAAAAAGUAAAAAGAAAAUAAAUAAAAAACUCAUAAAUAAAUUACGUACAGUGCAGUGGGCAGGCAGACAAACGGAGAGUCGUGUGACAGCGUAUGUUUUUGGGAAAGGCCAAAAAGACACCAACAGACAACAAAAAUGUCGCAUCAAUUGCGCUAAUAUUCGAGACCAUUAAACGCGUUUACAUAUAUACCAGCAUAUAGUUGCUUUAUAUACAGUUAUAUUUAUGUAAUAACUAACAAAAUAUACCGUUAUUGUCAAAGAACCUUACAUGCAAACGGCGUUGUCAGUGCGCAAAUCGAACGCCAACUGCCUAGUUCUUGCCAAACCAAUAAGCGGCAAACAGUUUGAGAGCCCACGUGUGUUGUGUGUGCGGGCAGAAAGCGAAAGCAAGUGAAAUGUCUAAUUGAACUUUAAUUUAGAAAGAAUUUGUUAAAUUAUAUGCGUGUUUAAAAAAUUGUAAAAGAAAAUUGUAACAAAUUAAAUUAAUAAAAAUUAUUAAAACAAAAAUAAUAUAAAUUAAAAUAUUUAUUUUUAAGUGCUGACUCAAUUUGCUAUCAAGUUAAAUCGGUUGUAAUAAACAAUUGCUGCUGAAUUUGCUGUUUCGAGUAACCAGCAGCAGUGGACGGACUGCGCUUAGCUGUAAUUUUUGAAACUAAAAAUCAUAUUCCGCAAAGCCUGUGUACCCACAAAAAGAUGGCCGCCCGCGUUCCGAGCUCCAACUACAGCGCGUUGCAGCGAAAUUUGCUAAUUUUAACUUGUUGCAUUUUCGUUACCUCUCAACUAGUUGUUGUUGCACAACAUAACAACUCCGUUUACUAUGCAAAUCACAACAGCAGCGACAAUCCAACAACACCUCCACACGCCUACAACAACAACUUGAAUGCCAGUGAUAAAGCCUUUCCAGCGUCUAUUGAAUUCACUCAAACUUUGAACUCCAGCUCAUACAGUUAUGAUGAGUAUGAAGACGAUUUGGUUAUGGACUUCAGAGAUAAGGAUUACGAGUUAUACGAAUAUCUGCGACGCACCUCGGUUAUAUUCGGCUUGGCUACCAUGGUGAAUGGCAGUAAUGUGAAUAGCGCUUGCAGUCGACAAAUGAGACACAUUCAAAUGGGGAUCCUGCAUAAAGAGCCGUGGGCUAUGAAAGUACUCGACGCUUCGGCAACCAAACCGUCCGGUUUCGUUUUUGGCCAAAACUUUUGGUUGGGCAGCCGUGAAGCUUGUGGCGCUGUCAAGAAUCCAGUCGCCAUCACACUCUCAAAGAACUAUCAACGGAUCAUGCAUUUUGCGCUUAUCACUGAGCGUGCACCCUUCGAUGUGGACUAUCGUGUCGUGUACUUGCGUCAUCACUCACCCUGGCAGGUGGAAAUCAAAAUGAUGUCGGAGGAAAUAAUACACGUUGGUCUGUGUUUACCCAGCGUUUGUGCGUCUCAUGAAAUCGAGGAGUUGACACGCGCAUAUCUGGAACGUGGUCUCUUCAUUGAGAAUGACAUUUACGAUAUACAACCACAGUUGGUUUAUGUGAAAGAUCUCAAGUUGAAUAAGAGUUUCUUCGAAAAGCGCACAUUCAAGAUGAUGUCGGUAUUUUUGGCAUUCACAAGCUUAUUGUUGUUGGUCGCAGCAUUUCUUCGCGUGAAACCAAUUGUGGAGGCAAAACGAGUGGAGAAUAUGUCGAAGGUUACGCAAGAUAGUGCGAAUGUUGUUGCACAAGAAUUACUACCCACUAAAGACACCAGCGAUCCACCGAACUCAGUCGCUAACUCAGCUGAUUACAGCUCGCUCUCGAAUUUGCGUGAUUUUGUGAAAUGCUUCGAUGUUUUGGACAAUUAUGAUAAAAUGUUUACGGUUAGAGAAAAUUCCACGAGUGAGAUUCCCGUUAUAAAUGGCUUGCGUUCGGUUUGUGCGAUGUGGAUUGUACUGUUCCAUGUGUUCUGGUACAUGUAUUUCACAGUGAACAAUAAGGCCUUCUUGAUUUCCUAUGCGGAACAGAUCUUCUUUCAAUAUGUCAGCUCAGCACCGCUUUUGGUAGAUGUCUUCUUCACUAUAAGUGGUUUCCUGCAGACCUACAACUUUAUGCGAAACGCCAAACAGAUGCAAACAAUCCGUAACAAUAGUCAUCUGCAAAAUGUGAAACACUUCUUCAAGUUGCUCUUCCAUCGUUAUCUGAGACUCGGUCCACUAUACUUAGUGAUGAUGGGCACAGUGGACUUAUUUUACGCCUACAUUGCUGACGUGUCGGUUUACCAUAUAAGCGAGCGUUUUGAUGAGAAAUGCACGCAAUAUUGGUGGCGCAAUUUGCUUUUCAUACAGAAUUUUUUCAGCCACAAUGACAUGUGUCUCAAUUGGACCUGGUCAUUGGCGUGUGAGAUGCAAUACUAUGUCUUAGCGACCAUACUACUCUUUAUCUAUGCCAAAAACCCACGCUUGGUGAAAGGUUUUACCGCUGCCAUAUUAGUUGGCACCAUAGCCUGGAGUUACUCCAUUGGUUUGGAUGCCAAAUUUCAACUAUCCUUUGAUUCAGCUUUUGCCACGGGCACGAAAAUCUACAUUAGUCCCUUCGUACGAGUUUUACCCUAUGUACUGGGUGCCGUUAGCGCCUGGUAUCUGUUACAUCGCAAAUUGCAAAUUGACAUCAGUGACUUGAAGGAGAAAUGUUUAUGGAAUUUAGCGAUUUUGGUAUUCUUCAGCUGCAUCUAUUCGACCAUCAAGCGUGAUAUGUCCGUAUUUUCGGCCGUCACUCUCUUCAUUGUCGGUCGUUUACUCUUCUCGCUCAGUGUUUGUUGGAUGAUUGUGGGCAGCGCGACCGGGCGUGGCAUUUGGUGGUCGCGCAUUUUGGAAGCCAAAGUGUUUCAACACAUCAAUCGGGUGUCUUAUGCCAUUUAUAUGCUGAAUCCCUUAGUCAUAGCUUUCUUCUUCAGCUUGACGAAUGCGAGUACUAGUGCGGAUCCGUUGAUGAUGUGCGUGGUGUCAUCCGGAUUUAUUGUCAUUGUUUACCUAGUUUCGGUAGUGUUCUCGCUGGCCUUCGAAGUGCCCUACUGCAAUUGGUCCAGUUUGAUGCUUAAGGGUAGCCGCAGCAAGCAGAAAAGCCUUUAACUAUGCUAAUAACUGCCGCGGUUGAAUUUCAAAUCACGGACUUUGUAUAUAUUUAUGGCUAUUUUAUAGACGGUGUUAUUGUGGAAGUUAUGAAAACCUAGCGUAUAUGAAAAUAACGGUAUAUGCUUUGUUUUUCAAAUUUCCUCCCCUUAAAAUGCCUUAAGCCACUUAAUUUAGUAUUUUUGUUUUAAUUUCAUAUUUAAUUCAUUGUGAUCGUAAUCCAUCCAGUUGGGUAGAUAAAUAAGAUAUUGAUAUUAUAUACAAUAUAUAUAUGUAUGUAUGUGUGUACUUAUAUAUAUAUAUAUAUAUAUAUGUAUAUA